CAAGUGCAAGGUUGGCUGCUCGUCGCUGCUAUUUUUUAUUUAUUUGGAAUGUCGCGCAGCGCAGUAGUCGCCAUUUUGUAUCUUUCCUCUUUCGUGUCGUGCGAGCCACACACGCCGAAAGUUCGCGAAGACAAUCGGAACGUCCAUACAAAAGCGAGGAACAUUCGGGGCUCGGAUUCCCGCUAUGCUCCGCCUGUGUUCGAUUUUCAGUCCGCCCCUCAACAGGACCUGCAGAGGGCCCGCUACUUCCAGCAGCAGCUGUCCGACAUGGCGAACCUCAAAACCAAACUCGAGAAAAAAAAACGCUCGAAACCGCAGUACCUAGAUAAUGAUCUCGACGGUUCCGAUAGCGAAAUAGUUGAGCAAAAGGUGACCAAGAAAUCACGGUACAUAUACGUCCAGCCGAGUAUCCUCAAGAAUAAUUUUGGGCUCGAUUCCGAGACGGCCGACGAAAUUUUAAAAAAGUCUACUCCCGGCAAUCAGAUAUCCGCCCUCGAAGACCUGAUCGGGAAAAACCCCCACGUCCAACUCGAAGGGCUCCAAAGACUACUGAAAGAAUCCGAUGUCGUCUCUGCUGAAGGCAGAGCGAAUCUGGACGGUAUUCAGAAACAGUUGGAAGCGGCGACGAGUAUCCAGACAGAAGCCGCUUUCGAGCAGGCUCAGCGACAAGCUCAGGCGCACGUGGAGGCUCAGAACAAAGCCAUUGCUCUCGCUCAGAAGCAGAUUGAAGAGGCCGCACUUGCAAGGAUCGAGGCUCACAAUAGUGGAAGGUCCGUUCUUGAUUUGAACGAGAUCGCUAGGAUACAAGAGGAGGCUAUAGCCCAGCUGAAACCUCUUGGUUUACAAGGACACCCUCAGGCGGUCGGAGAUGCAAAAAAUGCGUUGGCUCAAUCGUACUACACUGUCAAGAUGUCGGGCGGUUCAAAUGACCCUCACCGCGUCAGCCACGCCCCUCAGACCCCGGAAGAAGGUCCGUCGUCUUACUUGGAGGUGGAAACAUUUCCCCAGCUGAGCAAACCUUACUCCGCGUCAUUACCGCAGUUUGGGAGGGGUGACAGUGCGGUUGGUGGUACUGGUCAGCAUUAUCCAAUCAGUUUGAAGGACGAUGGUGACGACGGCUCGUACCAUGACCUUCACCAAUACGCUGCUAAGUACGCUUUCGGAUAUCAAAUCUUGGAUGGAGAACACGGCAACGACUUUGGUCACGAGGAGAAGAGGAAUGGAAAAAGUACCAAAGGACAGUACUUCGUAGUCUUGCCCGAUGGCAGGAAGCAAAGGGUCGACUAUUACGUGGACGAAGGCGGUUAUCACGCCAGGGUGUCUUACGAAAAUAUAGGCAAACAUGACGUCAGGCACAGGGCUUAAAGUUUCCUCCCUGUGUUGGCGCGCUUUAAUGACGUCAAUUAGAACCAAGCAUUAAGAACGGGUACCAGUUAUCACCUCGGAUUUCCUGUAUACUAUAUGUUAGCUAUUUAUUGUAUUGUUUAAUAUUCUCUAUGGUUUUAGGACCUUGCAGUUUAUUAUAGAAAAAACAUUUCGCGGAAAUUCGGCAAACUGCAACAUUUUUUAUUCAACUGGAAGAUAGAAGAAGAUACUGCUAUUUUAUGCUUUUAUGCCGCUAUUUCUGGAGAAGGUUUUUUCUUUAAUUUUCGAUUCGCGGG